CCUCUGCACCAGACAGAAAAAAACAAGAGGGACAGAAAGUGUCAACAUGGAGCCCAACCGGGCCAGUGGGAAUGACAGAGAGAACGAAAAGGGGGAGAGAAAAGACAAGGAUAAAGGCAUUAAGAGGAGAAACAGACUUUUUAUAAGAUACCUGGAAAGGAGGAAGACAGACACUAUUGUGGAUGAUGACGCUUCCAAAGGUGACAUCAGCAUCGCAACCUUGGUGAGAAGGAGCCAUUCUGACAAGACAGAGUAUAGUGCUAAACUUAAAGAGAAAAUGUCCCCACACGAUCUCUCCUCGCCCACAUCCCCAGCCAUGGAUCCAGACGAGAUCCGCCUCAGGAGGAUGACGAAACGGUCAAAGGUCAUUGAGGAGCUGGUGAGAACAGAGGGAGAUCAUCAGAAGGACCUGGAGCUCUGCAUAAGCGAGGUUCUGCUUCCUCUAAGAGCAGCUCAGGUGGUGGAUGUGGAUCGACUGUUCACCAACACGGAGUCUGUGUGUGAGGUCUCUGCUGAGCUGCUCCAAAGACUGAAAUAUGCCGUCGCUGACCCUGACCCCGAAACACAGCUCAUAGGAGAAGUGUUUAUCCAAACCAAAGCCGUCAUGGAGGAUGUGUACAAAGUCUACUGCUAUCAUCACGACGAGGCGAAUGCUUUACUCGAGUCUUAUGAAGCACAGGAGGACAUCCAGCAGCAUUUUAGAAGAUGUAUAUCAGCACUCAAGAAGAUAUAUGACCAAGAAGGGAAGCCCAAUUUGCUUGACAUGGGCUCUCUACUCAUUAAACCUGUGCAACGUGUCAUGAAAUACCCGCUGCUAUUGGCUGAACUGUGGAAUGCCACGCCCACAGACCACCCUGACAACAGACCCUUACAGGAAGCUCUGACCACUGUCAAGAUCAUUAACAUCAACAUUAACGAGUUCAAGAGGAGGAAAGACAUAGUGCUGAAGUAUAAGAGGAGUGAUGAUGAAACCUCACUGAUGGGUAAACUCAACAAGCUCAACAUUCACUCUAUCAGGAAGAAAUCAGACCGACUGACCAGCUACUUCAAGAUUCUCACUGGUGUCGAGCCACAGGUGAGGGAUGAAGCGUUUGACAGGGAGGAGAAACUUUUCCGUAGCCUUGAGAAAGCUGUGAGGCAGCUAGUGAAAAACACCAGCUGUUACCUGCUCUAUACUCAGGAGAUGAUCUCCAUUGCUGUUCAAAAUGCACAGGACCUAGAAGCUAUUAUAAAGGAUCCAGACAAAAUAGACACAAACGGCUUUCAGCAUAAGAGGAAUGGCAGUGACCCAUACAAACAGUUCAAAGAUCAAAUGGAGCAGCUGGUUCUGGCUCCUCUCUCGAGCCUGCUGGGAAUGUUUGCAUCGCCGCAGAAGCUGAUACAGAAGCGCUACGAUAAGCUGUUGGACUACUGCAGCCAGCUGGAUUCCCGAUCCUCCAAAGAGGAACAGGGCCUGGCCAAGAAAGAUUACCUGGCCCUCAAUGCCCAGCUGCUUGAGGAGCUGCAGUGCUUCAACCGAGCCGUCCGGACCAUCCUCACCAACUGCUUGAUUUGUGUGGUCAAACUAAUUCAGAAGCUGAUGGAAGCAGCUCAGCCGCCAGUCCUCCAGAUACCGGUUCCCAUGUCGAACUUUAGCGAAGUCCAAAAUUCUAUCAUGGAGGAGCUGAGCAACCUCGGAUUCUUCAAAGAAAAUUCCCAAAAGCUGAUGGAGCGCAAAGUGAGCUUUGAGAAACGGGACAAGAAAACGGUGCCAGAGAUCCCCAGACAGAUGGAGGAGCAGCGAGCCUGGCUCCUGGAGGAGUAUGCAGUGGAUCGGCUCUAUCAGCUCAAGCGUAACUGCAAUGCCUGUCAGCAGAGCGACAUCAGUCUGCUGGAGGGGGAGCUGGUGGCCCUGCUGGAGGACAGAGACCCGAUGGGAAGCAGCAGUCGCUGGCUCGUACACACGGGGAGUACGCAGGGCUACGUGUACUCCUCAUUCCUGAAAGCCUAUAACCCCCAGCGGGAGGUGACUGAGAGGCCAGACGACUUCGACAAUCUGAGUCUGUUUGUGUCAAACAGCAGGAGCAGCAGUAUGCGCAGCUUCAGUCCCUACAGUGCUUCAGACAGCGUGUCCCCUGCAGCACAGGACGAGCCGGACCCCUCGGAGGACCAGCAUUUCUACGCAGUUUAUGCAUUUCAGGCGCGCUGCGAACAAGAGCUGACGCUUCAGGAGAACCAGCACGUUCGUAUCCUUCAGUUCUCAGACCUCGUCGGUAACAAAGACUGGUGGCUCGCCGAAUCUAACGGACAGAAAGGAUACGUUCCAGCAAAUUACCUUGGAAAGAUGUCAUAUGCUUAAAACUGUUUGUUUGUUUGCUUUAACCACUAUCAAUAUUUUUUUUAUUUAAAUGAAGAAAACUAUGAAUAUCGCUAAUGAAGGCCAACCCUGCACAAAUAUUUUUGCACGUGUGAAGCUACCAACAGUGUUUGCUUGAAUUAUAUACAAUUUGUUAUAGAGAACUUAAUCAGAAAAAAAAUAUUUGAAGUAACUGUAUAUAGUAAUAUAUAUAUAAGA